AUGGCCGAACAACGCCCCUCGGGGUUGGAAAGGAGUCCAACUGCGCCGCCGAUUCUCUCAAACGGCCACUUUGCUUCGAUCGGCGCCGAAGGUGAUACGGCCUCCUAUGAGCAUGGCGUGCAGGUGAUUGAUGGGAAUAAGGAGUUCAAUCCCAACCUGUCCAAAUAUUUGGCCCUUGAGAAGGUCACGCCAGCUGGUUUCAACUACCAUCUCAUCUCCGUGUUUGGUUCGCAAUCCACCGGAAAGUCCACACUGCUCAAUCAACUGUUCGGUACCGAGUUCUCCGUGAUGUCCGAGCUGGAAAGAAGGCAAACGACCAAGGGUAUCUGGCUUUCGAACAACAAGAACCAGGGCGAAGCUGGCGCGGCGGAGCGAAUGGCUGAUAACAUCUUGGUCAUGGACGUGGAAGGAACUGACGGUCGCGAGAGAGGUGAGGAUCAGGACUUUGAGCGCAAGAGUGCGCUCUUUGCGCUUGCGACGAGUGAGGUCCUUAUUGUCAACAUUUGGGAACACCAGGUGGGGUUGUAUCAGGGAGCCAACAUGGGGUUGUUGAAGACCGUGUUUGAAGUCAACUUGCAACUGUUCCUAAAGGACAGACACACCACCCACCGGUCCCUCCUAUUUUUCGUCAUUCGUGAUUUCAUCGGUACCACACCACUCAAGAACUUGCAGAAGACAUUAUUGGAAGACCUCUCCCGCCUCUGGGACACUAUAUCGAAACCUGCGGGCUUGGAGAAGUCGACAAUUCACGAUUACUUUGAUUUCCAAUUCUAUGGACUGCCGCACAAGGGUUACCAGCCUGACCAGUUUGUGACGGAGGCAAAAAAGCUUGGCCUGCGUUUCCGGGAAGGUCACCGAGACCCAACAAGGGAUGCUCUUAAGGGUGAGUUCUCCGAAGGAGGAGUCUUCCUCCCAGAGUAUCAUCGCCGCAUCCCGGCAGACGGAUUCGCACACUAUGCGGAGGGAAUUUGGGAUCAAAUCGUCAACAAUAAGGACUUGGAUUUGCCCACACAGCAGGAGUUGCUUGCGCAAUUCCGUUGUGACGAAAUUCUGCGCGAGGUAAUGAUCGGCUUCGAUGAGGCGAUCGUCGCAUUUGAGGAUAAGCAGGCCGAGUCCGUCCGUGCUGGUGCGCCAGAGGUUCUGGGGGGACUUGGCGUUGCCAUGCGUGCUGCGCGUGUCAAGACGCUAAAGAGCUUUGAGACGGAAGCUAGCCGAUACCACAAGGGUGUUUACCAACGGAAAAGCGCUGAGCUUCAGGGCAAGGUCGAUACCCGCCUCAAGGCACUAUUCCACGGCCAGCUGUCGGCAGCUCACAAGUCUGGAAUCCGUGACUUCAGUGAUUCUGUCAGUGCUACUGUGAAGGAUGGCCAAAAGAAGGGCGGCAGUUACGACUUCGCGGAAAUCGUCACCAAAGAGGCCCAGUCUUCGUUGGAGAAGUUCGAGGAGGUUGCCAAUUCCACGUUGGUGGAUGGAGCCUCUUGGAGCAACUACGAGCAAGAGCUAUCUUUGUAUAAGAAAGAAUUGGCUGAGGUCAGUGCCGGACUGCGCCGCGAUGAAAUGAGACGUUUGGCCACCCGUGUCGAGCGAUGGGUUCAAUCCCGCCUGGGUGAAUCUGUGGGCCUUGAGUUCAAUGCCCUCGGGUCUGGAAGAGCUGGCAGUGGUGCCCCCGAGAACGGGGAGAAGCCUGCUGAGAAGGACUUUUGGGAUCGGAUCUGGAACUUGUUUGAAGAGACUGUUCUUGACGCUGAGCGGAGAUUCACGGACCGUGCGAGCAGCUUCGAUGCUAGCAUUGAUGAGGUCGAUGUUGGUCUUUGGCGACUGCGCCGUAAGUCUUGGGGUGUUCUCCGCGCCAAGAUCGAAGAGGAGAUGAUUGAGGGCAACUUGCUCCUCAAGCUUCGGGAGAACUUCGAGGACAAGUUCCGCUACGACGAAGCCGGAGUGCCACGGAUCUGGCGCCCAACAGAUGACAUCGAGGGCAUUUACACCCGUGCUCGCGAGUCUACCUUGACAGUGAUUCCUCUUCUGUCUCGUUUCCGCCUGGAAAGAACUACUGCCCCACCCCCGCUUGACCGAUGGAUUGGGCACACCCCAAGCACCGUGACAUCUGCGGAUGAGGAGGAUCUGGCCCCCAUCGGGGGGGUGGACGAACACGAGGGCAAGAGUUUGGAAGAAGAGAUGACAAUUCUUAGCGAUACGAAACGCCAAGAGCUCACUGUAAGAUUCAAGAAGGCCGCGGACGGUGUCUAUGUCGAGGCCAAGCGGAGUGCCAUUGGCGGUAUGACACAGGUUCCCUUGUAUUUCUACGGUUUGUUGCUGGCUCUAGGCUGGAACGAAAUCUGGGCUGUCCUGCGCAACCCGGUUUAUUUUAUUCUGCUAUUUGCGUGUGCUAUUUGCGUAUACAUCACCUAUCAGCUCAACCUGUGGGGUCCCAUGCUGAAGAUGACCGAAGCCGCCUCCCAGCAAGCUCUGGAAGAAGGCAAGCGCCGCCUGCGCGAGUUCCUCGAGUCCUCUGACGCUGGCCGCCAGGCUAUUGCUAUGUCGGCUGGGGAGCGUGCUGCGUCUUCAGGCCGCAAGGAAGAGUAUGAAAUGUCGGAUAUGCAAAAGAGUGGCUCGAAGGCUAGUGAUGACCUGGAUGACAUGUAA